GUUUGUAUGUGAAACCGUGUAUAAUGCGGAAUGGUGAAUUACAGUUAUCCGCCUGUGUAGAAGUGGAUACAUAGAUAACAUCCGAUAUCUUUCAGUCUCAAGUGUAGAAGAUCAAUCAAAUCGAUAUAAAAGAUUCUUCUCCAAGGCAAGAAUGUGCAGUCUUGAGUGUUUGUGACUGUUGACAACAUAGUAAGGAAGCCCUAUAAUACCCCCAACAAAGCCCAUAUUCCCGCUGAAAAUGAGGCUAGUUUUGGUGGCCAUCCUGUGGAUAGGCUGCUCGUCAGCCACCAGAGUGAGGUUCGACAACCACACCCUGUAUAGAUUCACCCCCAAAGACGACCAAGCGAUCGACACCUUGAGGCAACUGGAGCAGUCGGUAGGAUACGACUUUUGGACCUCUGUCAAUGGAGUGGGGAUGCCUGUGGACAUUUUGGUGCCUCCGCAGAAGAAGAGGGAGAUCAUGGAGGUGGUUGAGGCUCUUGCUGUCGAUCAAGAGAUACUGAUGAGCAAUAUUCAGGAGGAAAUUGAUAGGGAGGCUGGUAGUCUCAGAGCUGGGGAUACUUUCGGGUGGAACAGCUAUCACACUAUCGAGGAGAUAUACAAUUGGCUGAGAUCUCUGUCGACGAAGUACCCAAAAAUCGUCACGUUGGUUGAGGCUGGUAGGUCUCACGAGAAUCGCCCAGUUUUGGGAGUGAAAGUUUCUUUCGGAAAAGCCACUGGCCAGAGACAAGCUGUCUGGAUUGACUCUAACAUUCAUGCGAGAGAAUGGAUAUCUGGUGCAGUGAACACGUACAUUUUGAACGCCCUGUUGACAAGCACCGAUCGUAGCAUCAGGAACUUGGCAGAACGUCAUGAUUGGUACAUUUUCCCUGUUCUCAACCCCGAUGGCUUCCAUUACACAUAUACAACUAACCGAAUGUGGCGCAAAACCAGAACCCCGUACGGCCUCUGCGUCGGCGCAGACCCGAACCGCAACUGGGACUACAAGUGGAACCAGGGGGGCAGCAGCAGCAUACCGUGCACCGAAACCUACGCCGGUCCGAGGGCCUUCUCCGAGGCUUGCACCGCCAGCACCUCUAGAUACCUGGGAGGCAUUGCGAAAGAGCUGCUAGUGUACGUCAGCUUCCAUUCUUAUUCGCAGAUGCUGCUGCUGCCCUACGGCCACACGGCGCAGCAUUUGGACAACUACAAUGUCACCUACCCUAUCGCAGUUGAAGCAGCUAAUUCAUUGACAAAAAGAUAUGGUACACGAUAUACAGUUGGAAAUGUAGCAGAAACCAUAUACGUGGCGACAGGCAGUAGCAUGGAUUGGUUGAAAGGCGUGCAUCACGUUCCAUUCGCGUAUACUUAUGAACUCAGAGACACUGGAAAAUAUGGCUUCCUUCUACCUGCUGACCAGAUCAUCCCAACUGCUGAGGAAACCCUAGACUCUGUUCUCACCAUUGUGAGAGAGGCUGAUAAAAUAAGUGAAAAAGUUUUGUAGUUAAUAGAUCUUUAAAUAAAAUAUGAUAAGUAUUCGUAGUUGA